AUGAAACUGAUUAAUGGCGCCGCUAGCUGAGCUGUACGUGAUGAAAUUCAGUAAUGAAUGGCAUUGUUUUGCUACCUGCCCUGCUCUCUUCUCUCAACUCAACUGCUCCAAUUAAUGUCCACUUUCGGCCUCCUCAUCAAUGUAUUUGUAUAUACAUACAUGAAUUUUGACCAUUUUGGGUAUCCAUCCCUAUCUGAUUUGAUUUUCCCCUUUUUUACUUUUUUUCUUUUAUUUAUUAAGAAAGCAUCUUGUUAGUAUAGGCAGGCAUUGAGUGGAUGUAACAGACAAUUACAGUGUGUGUGUGUGCAGCGAACUUUUUCUUAUUUGCUACUCUCACAUUUUGCACUGCUCCUCAAAACAAAAGAAAAGAAAAGAAAUUAUACAUCACAUUACAUUACAGGCAAAUGGAUUCCCAACUCACCACCGCCAAUAAACCACCUAACCAUCAAGUAGGAGUGCAGCGGCUGCCGGUGCUCCCCUGGAAGACACGUCUGAGUCUAUUCUUCCUCAGCGCCAUCAACGACGCCGCCCGCCGCACCGACGGAACCGUCAACCGCCGCCUCUUUGACGUGAUAGAAUUGUGCAGCUUCAAGACGCCUCCCGACCCCAAGCCGCGCAACGGCGUCACCACCUCCGAUCUCACCAUCGAUCCUUCUCGGAACCUCUGGUUCCGGAUCUUCCUUCCUUCCCCAAACGAUGAUCCUCCUCGCCUCCCCGUGGUUGUCUUCUUCCACGGCGGCGGGUUCGUCUAUCUCGCCCCCGAUUUCAAGGCUUACGACAACGUCUGCCGUCGCUUCGCACGAGAGAUCCGGGCCGUGGUUGUCUCCGUGAACUACCGUCUCGCGCCAGAGCAUCGGUAUCCGGCUCAGUACGACGACGGAUUCGACGUUCUCAAAUUCCUCGACGACCGGAGCGACGUCCUGCCGGAGAAUGCAGAUAUUUCACAGUGCUUUCUGGCCGGAGACAGCGCCGGAGGGAAUCUGGCCCACCAUGUGGCUAAACGUGCUUGCCAGUCAGAAUUCAAUCGCCUCAAGGUAAUGGGAGUGGUGGCCAUACAGCCCUUUUUCGGAGGGCAGGAACGGACAAGGUCAGAGAUAGAAUUGGCGGGUGUAGACGCCGUAGUGUCGACGGAGAGGACGGACUGGAUGUGGAAAGCAUUCAUGCCGUUGGAAGAUAAAUGGGACCGCGACCACGAGGUUAUCAAUGUGAGUGGGCCCCGUGCUCCCGACAUAUCGAAGCUCGAGGAUUUCCCGGCGGCUAUGGUCGUGGUCGGGGGCUUCGACUCCCUCAAGGACUGGCAGCUAAGGUACUAUGAAUAUCUCAAGAAGUCUGGCAAAAAAGCGUAUCUAGUGGAGUUCCCAGACAUGAUUCAUGCCUUCUACAUAUUCCCUGAGCUACCUCAAUCAACUGACCUCAUUUCCGAGAUCCGCCAAUUCAUCUAUACCCACUGUUAGUUUAGUUUAGUUUCGUUCCAAUCAUUGAAACCUACCUGCUGCGUAUAUAGAAUUUUAAUACUUGCCAUGCAAUGCGACUGGAUUAAUUCUAGUACCUUGGCAUAUAAUUCAUUGAUUGAUCUAGCUCGAUCUCUGCCACUAAAAUUCAAAUGUUCGCUACUAGCUAGUGGCAAUAAAUAGGUAGGGAUUAGUGUUAAAUCUGUAAAUAGCCUCAAAUGGGGACAAUUGAGUAGUAGAACUAGCAUGUCUAUUAUACAAAAAUUAAUAUAUGGUAGGCAUUUAUCCCAUGUUCGACCAUUAUAAUGUAUCAUGGCAUAUUGAAGAUUACCCAAGGUGCGAUUGACCGUCUUUGUU